AUGCGUGCGGCCGCGAAAAGUGCCUCCCACGCCUCAGCAGCAGGCGAUUCGUCGCCUGUCGUCGCGAGUCUUCCACGUGGUGAGUCACCACCUGCGACAGGUACAUCCGUUGCGUCUGCAGCGGGUACCUCGAAACGUAACCAAGACGAGUCUGAGAUAGAGCUCAUCUAUUCCGGCGAGUCGGAUGAUGCAUCCGACUCGAAGGCGACUUCUCACACCUCGGGAUCACCCGGGGCGGACACUGAAAGAUCCAGGUCGACUGGAUCUGGUCAACACGGCGGUAUCAUGCUCGAAGUCUUCGGAUCGAGUGAUUAUUACGAUGAGUCUCCGCCUCACGCAAGUCUAUCCAACGAUAGGACGCAUGGGUUUGGUGGUGAUGCACCUAUGCAUCAUCACGAGCGAUGUAGCUCAAAGAGGAACGGGAUAACACUGGUGCCAGUGCUCAUGCUGGCACCAAUCAAGAGGCCAGGGACCGAAAUGUCCUGCGCCACGCUCCUCAAGUGGAGUCUCCAUGAAUGCCGCCAUCCAGAGUUGAACCGGUUGGCCAGCACGACUACCGAACGGGAUCGAAUCCCGUUGUUCGAUUGUAGGAAGAUUUGCCCUCCUGAUUCCAGCACGGAAAUUAUCCGUGCUGAGGAAGAAUUCUUCACCGAUGCGUUCUUCAAACAACGGUGGUACAAUGGUAGCCGUGUUCGGGACGGCAAAGCCUUGGUGCAGGGAUGGAAUGCCCUCAUCCACAACAUCGAGUGUAUUGGCCGUGAGGCUUGGCUCGCCAAACUUGAUGCAGCUCACAUCAGGUUUGAGAAACGCGACCCCGUCGGGGCGCGAUACAAGUUGCACCGGCUUUUAAAAGAGGCAGAAUGA